GUAAAUUCGGGCCGCGGAGGCUUGGGCUAGUGUAAAUCAAGAUGGCGGCCAAGUGGUCGAGGUUCGGUCUUGUCAGCGCUCGUAGCGUUUUGUGGACUUGCUUGAGACAUUCACAACAGAGAAACCAGCCUCAACAUCUCUAUGCUCUUAGAAGCUAUUCAACAAGAGUUGGGCCUCUGCAAUCUUUGAGUGCAGAGCUUCCCACAUCAACAUCUCCUCAACCAGAAGUAUCAACAUCAACAUCAGAUAGGCACACUAAAUACACCAUUCUAUCAGAAUCUGAUGACACUAUCGUCAAACCCAAACCUGCUGACUCCCACAGAAACCAAUCUGCCUUUGAUGAUGAACUUGUCAAUAAGUUUGUCAACUGCAUGAUGUGGGAUGGGAAAAAGUCUUUAUCACAAAACAUCUUCACUCAGGCAAUGCAAGAAAUAAAAAAGCAACAAUUAGAAAAGCAAAGAUCGUCCUCAGAACCUGAGAGCAUAACGACAGACCCCACGGAGAUAUUUCACCAAGCAAUAGAGAAUGUCAAACCUGUGGUUGGAUGCAUUCCUCUGAGAAAAGCAGGAAAAGUAUUCCAGGUUCCAUCACCACUAAAUCCUAUUCGCCGCCGGUUCUUUGCAAUCAAGUGGAUUAUAGACGCUGCGCGUGACCAAUCAGGGCCCAAGAACGCUCGCAUGCACAAGAAGCUAGCUAAAGAGCUCCUUGAUGCGUAUAACAAUGAGGGUACUGCAAUUCGAAAGAAACAAGAUCUACACAAGCGUGCUGAAGCCAACCGCGCCUUUGCGCAUUACAGAUGGUGGUGAAUACGAAUAUUGUAAAGAUGUGCAAUAAAAACUGAUGUUCUUAUUA